AUGGGGUCUGGGAAUUCGAAGCUCAACCCAGAAGGAGAGGUUGUGCCUGCCAAACUCCGGCCCCUUUUACGCCGAUGGUUUGAUGAGAUAAGAAGACGGAAAGAUUCCAACAUGUCGAAGAAAGAACUACUCGUUCAUGAUCAGGGCGUUGAAGAGGAUGUAAGUUCCCAGCCUCUGUCUCAACAUGAAAACGAGAGAAAGAGCAUGACCUCCACGUCAGAUGAGAGUGUAGCACGUUCUUCAAAGGUAGAGGACGAGAAGCCGAAUGUGGUACCUGUGCCUGCAGAGUCCGACAAAACAAGUAAGGAUGUUAAGGAGCAUAAGGAUGAGGAGAAAUGUGAAAAACAGGAUGAGAAAGAUGGUGCACGUAAAGAUGAAGAGAAAGAGGUCAAGGUGGUUGAGAAGGCGGUGGUUGUAGAGGAAGUUCUUGUAGUUGUGAAGGAAACUGCGGAGGAGGAGGAGGAGGACGAUGAGGAGGAGGAGGAAGGGGAUGAGGAUGAAAAGGUUACAUUCGGAUCGCCAAGUUUCAGGGUAUAUUGCAUCCCCUCAACAGAAAACUACAAGGAAGAAAGCAAGGAUGAAAGCACGCAAAGAGAUUCAGGGAGUGGUGAAAGCGUUGAGAGCAAUUCUGAUGAGGGCCAGGAGAAGAGCCCGGAGAAGAACACAAAGAAGAAAGGAAAUCGAGGAAGAAGGUUGAAGAGAGCCAUCAAGAGCGGACCAGUUGCUGUAAAGAAUUUGUUGAAUGUGACAUCAUGUUACCACCCAGGUUGCUCUGGCAACGACAGAGCGCGUCUUCUUGCUGAAAAAGCAGAAGGUUGA